AUGGCAACUGUUCCACCAGGAAAACAGCCAAUAAAUCGUGAAAGAGGGUUCAGUGGUGUAAGUGCUGGCAGCGGUAUCAAUGGUUCACUGAGUCCAAGCGGGAUCAAUCCUAUGCGACAGAGGGCAAGUUUUGACAGAUCAUCAACACGCAAUGGAUCCUCGAUCAGGAGCUUUCAAGAUAGCAUCAAUCAGCCCUCGUUACCAAAAGGCUUUGAGAGUAUGCUGAAAACUACAACCGAGACAGGGGAUAUCGGUUUAUUCUCCAUCAAGCCAUCACGCUUGCCUCAAACUUUCAAUGCAUUGCCACGACGCAGCAAUGGAGGUUACAGAGAUAUUGAUCCGCAGAGAUCACGUCCAGCUUUUUCGCCGUAUGGGAUGCCCGCUGUUGAUGAUAGAAGACGACUACCUUCCUACACAAGAAAGGGUUCCUGGGGAGUCAAACCAUCAUAUGAUUCUGCCAGCGUUAACUCGGUCAAUUCAAGUAACAGGGGUUUUGAGGAUCCCGAUUAUCGAUCUUAUUCCAUGACCCAAACAGCAUCCCAAUCACCAUAUACUCUUUCUAACCAAAGAUCCUACGCCAGCCUUCGUAGUCAGCAGGAUGGGUCUGCACUUGUCCAACGACCUCGAUCGCCAUUCGCAUAUCCAACACGCCUGAAGAGGCCCGGGUUCAGACCUUCCUCCCCCGCACUCACUGACGGCGGUGGAAUAGACUAUAGUCGCCGUGCAGAGAUUGAUCGAAUGCCUCAUGGAGCGGUCCGAAACGUAUCUUCUCCAGCUUCUUUAUAUGCCCAGAAACGAGUACCGCCACCAUUGUCACUACGACCAGACGCGAAUCGAUCGACUCAUUCAUUGUUAAGUCAACCUUCACCAAGGAGGCGUACGCCAAGUCCUAACCUACGACAGGGAAAUGGAAUGGUUGGACCAGAUUGGCAACGCCGCAACGGCCCAUCUUCAAUUAACACAUCUCCAGCUCGAAGAAAACCAUCACCUCUGUACUAUGACUAUACGGAAGAUUUUGAGGUGGAAACCCAGAAUCGGUCAAACUUGGAGCCUCCACCGCAAUUCCAACUGCAAAGGACAAUUCACGAGGAUCGACCCUUAAGUUCAGCACUUCGGCCUCUUGCAAAUAGUCUUCCCUCCAGACUCAAUGCAAAUAAUAACCAUCAUCUUCGUGCAUCAUCAUCGGCCUCAACCAUAAUUCGACAUCCUAUGAGGAAGAACAGUGCAGAAAGUGGAAGUGGGAUUCCAAAUAAUGGUGGUCAUGUUCGAGCUGCACUUAGUAUCAGCGCAAGGGACUGUGAGAACUCUGCGCCAUCCAACAGUGUUCUUGAUGAUGCCAGCUCUAUAGAUAUAUCAAGUUUAGGUGCCAAUGCUCAAGAGUUGAGCUCACGGGUGUCGAGAGCAUUUGGCCUACACCCUUCACCGCAAUUUGAAGUCACGAUUACCUCAGACUAUGAGGAAGUUGAAGUCAAGCAGACCGAGCUUGCAAUUAGAGAAGUUGGUAAUAUGAUUCCAAAAGGCGGACUUCAACAACGGAGUUCAUCAUUACCAACCGCGAAAAUAGCAGGUGAACUAGACACUUCUCCAUCGAUCAUCGAGCCACAACAAACCUCUACUAAAGGCGAUGCAGGCGAAGGUAUUAUUCGUACGUCUGGAAAGCAAUCUCUUGAAAGUCUUCCGGAUAGCACAGAGCUUCAGCAACCAGUGGAGGAUACAAAUGAAUGUGACGGUUCGUCCAAAUUCAACUCUGCGCGUACAAGCAAAGUCAGAUCUAGUGGCUUCUCCACCAUUGGCAAUGGUCUUGAUGAAUUAGCCGAUCUGAUUUCGACCGAUGAUGCUGGUCGAUCCAACACCUUUGACAAUGAAUAUACUGGACUACGGAGAACUCCUAUGAUGUCGCCAACACUGCCUCGAGACUCUUACUUUGAUCCUCCCUCGGUGCAGCGUACCAGCCCUCCCUUAUCGCUGAUCAAGAAAUCGGAGCGAAGUUGUGCUCAAACUGUGGCUACUGAUAAAAGCCUCGAAGAUGGGCUUCAAGUUCAUGAGGGGCGAAUCGAAAGGGCAAGCUACCCGACUAUAGGCCACCCGAGUUUCAAAGCCUUGGUGAUCAAGCUCCAACCUAUCUCACCAGCAAGGGAGUUGAAAUUGAAGAACAGCGUGCCACAGCUUAUGAAAUCUCUCCCCAAAAUACCCGACUCUUCAAUUCGUGGAUUGGCAGUGCCUGGGAGGUCUGCUCUUGCGGAUGCUGACAUGCCUUUUCAUCUCUCGGAAUUUUCCCCAAAAAAGAAUUUUGGAACAAUCGAGGAAUAUGCAGUGAGCUCAUCGUCAAUCGACCCACCUAAAAUAUAUUCUUCUAUAGAAAAGGAGAAGCUCAAAAAGUCAACGGAAGAAGCUGAAUUGAUCUCUAGCCCAGUUCAGAAACAUAAAGUUGAUCCAUCUAGAGAGAAUCAUGGCCCUCGCUCUUCGCCCAUGAAGUUGAAGCUGAAGGUUAGAAAUUCUGUUGCAGAGAAGGCAUCAUCUUCGGAUCUUCAGGCACGAAAACAUGAGGAGACUUUCUCAUGGGCUAGUUCGCAGGACAGUAAUAUACCUCCGAUUAGCCAAGAAGAACAAAGCGGAGAUUUAAAGCCUGCUAAGCUCAAAUUGAAACUAAUCAGAGCUACAGGCUCAGAAGCUUCCGGAACUGUAAGAGUCCAUGACCAAUCCAGAUCUAGCAACGAUCUGCACGUCUCAUGUCCGAAAGAUCUAUUUACGCCUACCAGUGGAAUUGACAAUAUAUUCAGGCAAGUUAGUAAGCAUCUUCAUUCACGGAGACCUAGUGCGAAUAGUGAUCAACAUUCUGGAGAUGUUAUUGAGAUGAUGCCAAGCCAAGUAUCGCUGAAUUUGUCUUCUCGCUUGAAUCUUGGCGUGCCUCAUGCUGAUCUAUCAAGAAACUUGCCGAGCCCCACUGACGUCCGAAGCUUUUUCUCCGAUGACAGUUCUCAUCGCAAUGGUGGUCAUGGUUUACGAAAAAGAAUUUCAAACUUUCGAGCUCGCGUUGGUGUGCCAUACGUAGCUCGUAAUGGAUCAUAUUCUUGUGAUGACAUAGUCUGGAGAGAUCAAGUUGGAGGGAUUGGCCAAUCGCCUCUAGCUGUCAAGUCCGUCGCUGAUCUCAAUGCCACGAGGACCAGCUUCAUAGAUUCACCAAAUCCUCGGCGUUCAGAGCAUAGGCUGCAUGGACAUCGGUUGCGAGCAAAAGUUUCUGAAUGGUUUCGUGGAGCUCGAGCUGCUAUCUCGGCUCGUGUCAAAUCGCGAAGUACAACCAGUAAUGGUAAUGAAAGAUCAAGGGCUAGUGCAUGA